GAAAAUGGCAGAACAGUUUUCAUCAGCAUCAAGUGAUUGCUCAUCAAGUACACCACGAAAUUCAUCAAUCAGUUUUGUUAUGAAGUGGACAGCAAAGCAUGAUGUCGAACUGUGCAAAGAAGUUGUUGUGUCAAGACUUUUUGAAACAAGAAAAAAAUCCCUUGAAAGAGGAAAUGUGUGGGAAGCCGUUCCUAAGAAGUUAGAGCAACAUGACCACCUUUGCUUUCGUGUUGACCAGCAUGCAGUAAGAGACAGAGUGCGAAAAUUGCUUGCAAACUAUUGCAAGAAAGAAAGAGAAGAAAUAAAUGCAAGUGGCAUUUCUCCAGAAGCAACUGAGCUGGAUGAUUUACUCGAAGAAAUUCAUGCUAGAGAAAAAGCUAGUGAUGUUGUUACUGCUGAGGAAGCUAGUGAUGUUGUUAGCUGCAGAAAGAAGAAAAAUAAUGCAGACAAAGAAGCAGCAGAGGAAGAAGAAGGGCCGAAACCCAUCCGAAACCAGGAAGCGAGCGCGAGCAAGGUGGGCUAG